AUCAGCGGUUAGUAAAUAUGUCCGUGGAGGCCUUUAAGCCGGAGCAGCAACGGCGAAGGGUGUAAAAGUGAAACGUCAAGUUUAGGCUCGUUUAGCUUCAAUAAUGCCGUAUGCUAACCAGCCAACGGUGAAGAUCACGGAGCUGACGGACGAAAAUGUCAAGUUUGUCAUCGAGAACACGGAUUUGGCGGUCGCAAACUCCCUCCGCCGUGUCUUUAUGUCAGAGGUUCCCACGAUAGCCAUCGACUGGAUCCAGAUCGACGCCAAUUCCUCAGUGCUGCACGAUGAGUUCAUCGCACACAGAGUGGGCCUCAUACCCCUCACCAGCGACGACAUCGUGGACAAAAUGCAGUAUUCCAGGGACUGCACCUGCGAGGAUUUCUGUCCCGAGUGUUCGGUGGAGCUCACCCUGGAUGUUCGAUGUAACGAGGACCAGACGCGUCAUGUGACCUCACGUGACCUGCUGUCUAACAACCCCAGAGUCAUCCCGGUGACUUCCAGGAGUCGAGACAACGAUCCCAACGACUACGUCGAGCAAGACGACAUUUUACUGGUGAAGCUCCGUAAAGGUCAGGAGCUUCGGCUCAGAGCUUACGCUAAGAAAGGCUUCGGGAAGGAACACGCCAAGUGGAACCCCACAGCGGGGGUGUCCUUUGAGUAUGACCCCGACAACGCACUGAGGCACACGGUUUAUCCACGACCCGAGGAGUGGCCGAAGAGUGAAUACUCAGAGAUCGAAGAGGAUGAAGUUCAGGCCCCCUACGACCCCAACGGGAAGCCAGAAAGGUUCUAUUACAACGUGGAGUCGUGCGGCUCUCUGCGACCGGAGACCAUCGUCAUGUCGGCGCUGGCUGUCCUCAAGAAGAAGCUGAGUGACCUCCAAACCCAGCUGAGCCACGAGAUCCAGAACGACGUACUGAUCAUCAACUGAAGGACCUUCAUCUCCACCGGGCCCAUCUUCACGUGCUGCAUCCACCCUUGACGCUGGCAGGAUCUCCGAUACUCGACCCAUUCAAAUGUGGGUUGUACAGCUUUGCUGGUCGUAAUAAAUUAAUAUUGUUUGUGAGCUUGUGAGGUCAUUGUUUGAUUUGGAGUUUGAGACUAAUGCAUAUUGAUCUCUGUGUAACUAUAAACUGUUUGUUUUCCUUAAAUGUUCCUUUUUAAAUAAAUAUUUUCUGAAGGAA